AUGGAGGACCUACAUAAUGUUUUAUCGCCGGUCUUCCCUCCGGAAAAGGAUAUAGACGUAUCGAUGGAUGUCAUUCCCUUGAACCAUAGUUCAUCGAUACAACUGUUCAUAAAAUUGGUGGAACCAGUCGUGUUUUUGCAAGGGUUUGAUCAGCGCCAUGACGUCGAUAACAAUUUCCCCUCGAUGCUGAGAGGGUCUCUUAUAGUGCGUGUUUUGAAACCAACCAAAUUGAAGAGCAUCUCGCUAACUUUUAAAGGUUACCUGAGGACAGAGUGGCCGGAGGGGAUCCCGCCAAAGAGAACCGAGUUUAUGGAAGUGAAUGACAUUGUCAACCACACCUGGCCAUUUUAUCAUGAUGAACACAAAGUGGUCAAACCGAACGGAUCGGGCUCUGCCGCAGAGAAUAUGAUAGAAUACUUAACAACGAACAGCGGAAGUUCGCUAUUUAGACCUUUACCGAGUGAAAGUGAUCAGAGUAGUAGGAGAAAUUCCGCGUACCUAAAUGGGUUCAACUUAUCGCCGGUACCCACAAGUACGAAUUUACAAUCCCGAGGAGACAAGGAUAAAGAUAAUAGGAAAUCUAGAAAUAGGACUUUCUCAGACACAUCCACGGAUUCUAUCCCAGCACACGCAAGGAGUAUGUCACCGUUGAAUCUUUUUAAAAGAGUGACGUCUUCUGGAGAGAUACCACAAGCGGGAACGUCAAGUGGGGCCGCCGCAAAUUUGCAUACACCGUCUACUCCAGGUUCUAAGGGCAAAAAGGGGAACAAACCAAUGACCACUAUUUCCAUCUUCUCCGAUCUGUUCGGGUUAUCGACAAACUCGAACACCAGCUCCGUUCCAGCAAAUACAGGUAGUAAUGAUAUUAGCUCGAUUACUUCUAAAUCUGGUAGUAAACAUACGAAAAGCACUAUAGGCAGCGACGCUAACUCAAUCUCGAAUGUUCCUGCGGUCACUGUUGCGAACAGUGGCAGUCGAUCCAAAAAUUUGAAUCCAGCUUCCUACUCGAUGGUUGCCAAUGAAAAUGAAUCGUUUAUCUUUGAACCAGGGGAUUAUAUUUAUACUUUUGAGCAGCUCAUACCUCAAAACUACCCAGAGACCAUCAAAGCCGAUUAUGGGUUUGUCGAAUAUUUUCUCUUAGCCUCAAUAGAGAGAUAUGGCACAUUCAAGAGUAAUUUAAACGCCAGACAGCCAGUCACCAUAGUAAGAACACCAUCUGAUAACUCUGUCGAGGAAACGGAACCUAUCGUAAUUUCGAGGGACUGGGAAAACCAGCUCUACUAUGAUAUUUUAAUUGCUUCAAAAGACAUUAUCCUUGACGCAUUUUUGCCAAUCCAUUUUUCGUUUUCACCGUUAGACAAAGUUGUCCUACAUCGAAUAAGAAUAUACAUUACCGAGACUAUGGAAUACUACUGUAAAAAGAAGAAAGUUCAUAGGAUGGAACCUACAAAGAAAUUCUUAUUGGCAGAGCAUAAUGGCCCAAGAUUGCCUAAUACACCCAAAGAGGACGGUAAUAAAACUUUGAAAGCGAAAUAUAUGGGUAAUCUUUUGGAAGAAGACGGAUAUUUGAGUAACACAGAAUUUGAGUAUCAAGUGUUUAUCCCUAACCGGUUUGGUAGCUUGCAGAGAUUACAUCCAGAUACAGGUUUCGAGAACAUCAAAUCCAGCCAUUGGAUUAAACUAUGUUUGAGGCUUUCCAAAGAAGUGGAUAACAAAAGAAAACAUUAUGAAAUUUCAGUAGAUUCCCCUAUUCACGUACUGAAUAAGCUAUGUUCGCAUGCCAACACACUGUUACCAAGCUACGACGCUCACUUAAUAGUAAACAAUGAGCAAUAUGGGCUAGUAACCAACGAGAUAGCGCCGAAUGACGGGAAUGUUACUGCGUCUUCGGUAAAUGCGACGAGGCAAAACGUUUAUCACGACUCUAAUAUGUUUUUCCCAAAGGAAAUCAUUAUGUCUCCUAUCGUUUCACCAGAGGUGAAACCGCUAGAUAUAAACUUGAAUGCGCCACCUACCUCACCUUUACCACGUAAUGUGAAGAAAAACCUGAAUGUGCCUCAGACUGGUAAAUUGCAUUCCAAUUCCUUUCUUGGUCACGGUAAUGAUAAGAAUGGAGCCGGCAAGAAAGAACCUCAUGUGUUCAAAACGGAUAAGCUAAAAGCAAAUCUCUAUCAACCAGAAUCUCUACAAAGAGAACUAGCCUCACCACAGGCUGUGCCCCUCUCUCCCCUUUCGUCACCGUUGCUAAAACCAAUAUCUAUGCUUUUAUCUGAUAGUCUAUCCGCGAGAAGUUCAGAUAAUCUUUUAGCACCACCACCUGAUUUUGAAGUGGCUACCAUGUCAUCAAAUGAAUCACAGAGAAAACCGAUGAAUCCACCUUCUUACAGUGAUGUGAUGAAAGCUGAUGGUAUUGAAAGCAAGAGCGUGAAGAGUGAGCGACCUGCAAGCAUUGCGAGUGGACAACCGUUUCCAACGUUCACAUUAGACAAACCGCAAGAUACGUUGAAUAUAAAAGAUAACAAAGCUCUCAGGUCAACAGGCGACUUAGAAUUGGGACAUGAUUCUUUAAUGAGCACAGAUGGAGGUGACGAUGAUGGAACAGACAUUGCAUCCGCAUUUAGCUUCCAAACUCAAUCAUUUCAUCCCUCAAAUCUACCGUCAGGUGUUUUGAAGGAGAAGUCCCCAAAGCAUAAUGGUUUAUCGCCAGAUUCCCCGAUAUUCAGCAGAAGAAGUAGUGUUCAAGGUGUCCUACCAUCCACUGUACGGAAUGAUAACAUUUUUUACAAUACUCUAAACCAAGUUUUAAGUAACUCCACUACGCACGCUAGUACCGAUGAGGCACAUUUAUCAGAGGAUAAAAGCGUACAGCAAUCACCGCGAGUAUCCCUUACGCAGAAUGACCAUAUAUCGAAGAUCGAGUCUAAUACCUCUUUCACAGACCGUUUAUCAGCGAGAUCGUCUCUUGAUGCCAGUGCUAUAGUUAUUCCAUCGAAUAAUAGCAAUAGAUUACCGCUACUUCACCAUCAAAGCACCAAUAAUCUGUUUGAUCGGAGUAUUGAUGAGUUCGUAUUCCAGUCAAAGGAAUCGCUGAAUGAUUAUUAUGGACAACCACCAUUGGAAUCCUCAGUGGAUAUUACAGCGCUCUAUGAUAAAAAUUCGUCAGCCUGGCAUCCUCUCCAAAAUCAAGAUAAAUAUUCAUUACUUUCCCACCCAGACGCGCCUAAAACAAGCAGAAGUGAUACCAAAUCAUCAAGUUCUCCGAGCGAGUCUACGGGAGGCGCAGACGACGGUUCAUCAUUCAAAGUCUCGAAAUUCACUCAAGACAACGAACCAAAGCAUGUUUCUGAUGAGGUCGCAGAAGUGAAUCAUUUGAACAGAACCAUCGAUGAAGCUUUGGGGUGA